UAUUGAAGUAAUAGUUUAGCAACAGUAUGGUACAUGUUUAUUGAAUCUUCGGAUCAUAUCGGAAUUAUACGUAAGUUACGAAUUACCUUAGCUACCAAACAAAUAUGGCUGACACAGGCCAAACUGACCAAGUUGGUCAAACAGGGGAUGCUGACCCUGGUCAGGUAGUACAAAGUUCAGAGGUAACAGCACCUUUAGACCAGAGCCAAGAUAUGAUCCCAGGUAAUGUAGAAGGUGCGCCUAGCAUGGAGGCAAUUAGUGUAACAGACCCCUCACAACAAUCUAAAGACAUGGAGGCCUUACUGAAGAAAAUUGAUUAUGAUCCUUAUAAUGAAGAUGAGACUGAGCUGAGGUUUUUACAUUCUAAACCAACAUGCUUUGUUGUGAUUGGCAAACCUGGAGCAGGAAAGACAACUUUAGCCAAGCGAUUAGCCAUGGAAUGGAAAUGUGAACUUAUAUCUCCCACUGAUCUGCUACAGCAGAAUGUUGAUAUGCAGACAGAUUUGGGUUUCAAGUGUUUAGAAAUUCUCCUGAAGGGUGAGGCAGUGACGGAGGAGAUGAUGAUCAAGAUGGUUGAAGAUAAAAUCAACUCGCCAGAGGUCGCUCACCAUGGGUAUGUUUUGGAUGAUUUCCCAACUCUAUCUGAGGCAACAUUGACAGCAAAAGAUCAGCUAGAAUUGAUCAGAAACUGGAAACUCAAACCUGACUUUAUAAUUAAUGUGAAGAUGCCCGACAAGGAUCUGGAAAGGAGAAGGACUGGACAGAAAGUAGAUCCUGUUACUGGAGAUAUAUACACAGAAGAUAUCUAUAACCCUGACAGACCUGUUAAAGAGGAGAAAGAUGGAGAAGGUGAAGAAGAGGAAGAAGAAGAAGAGGCUGAAGAAGAAGAAUCUCCAAAUGAGGAUGAGGACAUGAUCCCGGAACUGCCAGCAGAGGUUCUGGAGAGGCUUAUUGUUCGCCCAGAGGAUCUCCCAGAACAAGUGGAGAAAAAUAUACGCAAAUAUAAAGUCAAUCUACUCAGAAUGCUAGAGGAGUAUAUGGCUGAUCAUGACCAACAGUAUUUGAUAGAGAUGGACGGAAACCAGACUUCAUCUACCCUGUUUAAACAAUUACAACAGCGUCUCAAUUGUUUCGUGCUGAGACCAGCAGCAGUACCCAUGCGUCUGCACGAUCCAGAAGAGGAAGAAAUCCCAGAGGAGAUUGACACAGACGAGCUAAUGAGAAGCUUGGCUCCGAAACAGAUGGUUGCCCCAAGGUUCCGGUGGCGACGCAGUAGAUGGUUGAGAAACUGUCCGGUUGCUCUGCAUGAGGGAAACAUCAUUCCAGGAAAACCGGACCUUGCUGUCAGUUUCUUGGACAAGAUGUAUGUAUUAUCAAGUGGCGAGGCCAUGGAAAAAUUCCUGAAGAAUCCACGGCCUUACCUUUUGCCAGACCAGCCACGACCUCCUUGUAAGAUAUCUGUGUUAGGUGCUCCUUUUGCUGGAAAAACAACUUUCUCGCAUCUAUUAGCACAGAAAUAUGGUGCGAGGGUAUUAGACAUGGAGAAGUUGAUUCAGCCAAGGAUGGAGUUAGAGAAGAAAAAGACGAUCGAGAAUGUCAGAAAAGAAACCACGGAGACGGCCAUUAAUCAGGUACGCACCAAAAUCAAGGAGCAGAUGGAGGCAGAACAAGCUGCAAAAGAGGCUGCUGAAGCCGCUGAGAGAGAAAGACUGGAGAAAGAAGCUGAGGAAAGAGAAGCACAAAAAGAGGAUGAGGAGGAAGAAGAAGGUGAGGGUGACGGAGAAGAGGCCUCUGAAAAAGAGGCUGUGGCUGAGACCACUACAGAGGCUGAGUCCAAACCUGAAGAUUCCCCGACAAAGUCUGAAACAUCUAAAGUCGAGGAGGAAGGUGAGACUAAAAAGGAGGACGGAGAGGAGACAGCGCCCUCGGACCAGGCAGCGCCCUCUGGUGGUGAGAGCUCACAGAGUGAGAGAGCUGAUGAAUCCGCCACGUCCACCCAAGGUCAAGAAUCCACAGUAUCAGGGGAUCAAGGAAAGGAGGGUGGUGCAGGCAUCCCUGAUGUUGAUGCCACCCACCCAGAUGUCAUUGCCCUGGUGGAACAGGCUGUAAAAGAUGCAGAGAAGACCCCUGUCACCUUGACACCAGAGAUUUACCUGGAGAUUCUUGAGGAAGGAAUAAGGAUUGCAGAAAAAAUGAUGAGGGAGGCCAAACCAGACGGUCCCCUGCAUGGUGGCUGGAUUUUGGACAACUUCCCCAACACGCGCGACCAGUGGAACUUGUGUAUUGAGAAGAACUUCCUCCCAGACGAUGUCAUCGUUUUAAAGGAUAGUGGGGACGGCUCCAAGUUCCUAAUGAAGAGAUGGUACAAUAUGCACAAAGAUGAAAUUGAUGAAAAAAUUAGGCAGAGAAUAAAAGAAGAGGAAGAGAGAAAAAUCAGGCUAGAGGCUGAAAGAAAGAGACAAGAGGAGGAAGAGAGGAAGCGUGCUGAGGCUGAGGCUAAACAGAAAGCUGAGGAGGAGAGGCUGAGGAAAGAGGAGGAGGGCGAGGGCGAUGAGGAAGAAGAUGAGGAAACAAAGGGGGAGGAUACCAGUCAGGAUAAGGAGGAGCCAGAGGGCGAGGAAGCAGAAGGUGAAGGGGAAGGUAAGGGUGGAGAUAGUCAGGAGACCCUGGUCGAGCAGAAAGAGGAUGGACAAAAGGCAGAGGAUGAAGAGGUAGAAAAAGAAGAUGAAACAAAAGAUGAAGGUGAGAGAGAUGAGGAGGUUAAAGAAGAAGUUGAAGAGGAACAAACGGAAGAAGUAUCGAAGCGAGAGGAAGAUGAUGCCACUGAAACUGACCUGACAAAAACUGAAAUAACAACAGAGGCAGGUGAUGGCUCAGAAGAAAACAGAGUUGAGUUUAAGGAUGAAGAAGAGAAAAUACCUGAUGGUCCAGAGAUGGAUGAGUAUAAGGAAAGACGUAAAGCUUUCGAUCAGGAUUUCCCCAACAUUCUCGCAACCAUCAGUGGUGGUUCGAACAUUGAUGUAGUACAACUAGAAAUUGAAUCAUCUAAAGUGGAAGAACUUCUUGAUGAAGCUGUUACCAAUAUUGAACGUCCCUACAAGUAUCAGGGCUGGGAGUAUCAAGGUAUGGAUGUAGAUGAAGAAGAAGAAGACCUCGAGGCUGAUGCAGCUGCUGCCCAGGACGAGGAGGAGGAGCAAGAGGCCGAGGGAGAGGAAGAAGAUCCGAACCGUAGUAAGAAGAAACCUUUGGGAGACACUAACCACUACUGUCCAGUGGCCUUGACGGAGAACAAUGUGCUGUUCCCAGGUAACCCUGAGAUUGCUUCCAAAUACAGAGAAAAAGUUUACUACUUCUCUACAUCAGAAGCCAGGGAGAAAUUUUUGGCUUCACCGGAAGAAUUCUUACCAAAAACUCACCCUCAAAAGACUCCACCAAUCAGAUUGCUGAUGUUAGGACCUAAGGGUGCAGGUAAAACGUUACAUGGCAGACAACUAGCCAAGAAGCUUGGUCUCUUCCACAUCUCAUUCAAGGACCGCCUACAGGAGCUGAUUAUGCAUAAGACAAAGAAGAAGAUUGGACCUGAACAUGAGGAAGACAACGAGGAGGAACCACCUGAAGAAGAAGAUGAGGAUGAGGAAGCAGGUAUUAUUGAUCCUGAAGGCAAACCAGUCAAAGAGAAGACUGAAGAUACUUCCAAGGUUUCAGACCAGUCUGAAAGUAAAGAAAAUCAGGAAGGAGAAGAAGUAGAGUACACUGAGGAAGAAGAAUCUAUCAAGAACAAUCUAGAAUCUGAUGAACCACUAUCUAAUGAAGUCUUGGAGAGUAUUCUACCAAACUUUUGGCAUAAAGAACCAUUCAAGUCUACAGGUUUUAUCCUGGAAGGAUUUCCACGUACACCAGAAGAGUGUCGGUUCAUGGCUGAAGCUGGUUUGUUUCCGGAUGCCGGUGUUAUUCUGACUGUAGAGGACACUGAUGUUAUUGCCCGUCUGCUGCCUCCCAGGCUUGAUAAAUGGAAAGUAAAGAGAGACAAACGGUUAGAGCGUAAACGCAAGAAGAAGGAAAAGGCGCAAAAGAAAAGGGAUGCUGCAAUGCAAAAGCGUCGUGCAGAAUUAACAAAAGAGUUAGAAGAAAAGAAACUUGAACGAGCUGCCCAGAGAGCUGCUGAGAAAGCAGAGAGGGAUGAAGAUGAAGAGGAGGAAGAAGAAGAAGAAGAAGAGGAGGAAGAAGAUGAAGAUAUUGAAGCUGUCCUUGCUGAAGAGUUUGAGGAAGAAGAAGAAGAAGAAGAGGAAGAAGAAGAAUUGGAGGAAGAUGCAACAGACAGAAUUAGAAAUGAGCUGAAUGAUGUGUUUGAUGAUAACACUAAUAAGCUAGCAGCUGUAACAGACACAUUUGAAGAGUUACUGAUACCAAAAAUAGAUGUUGACAGCACCAGGAAGCCACACAUAGUACGCUACAUCCUCAACAAGAAGUUGAAGCCUGUUGUGGAUGCCCGUCAGAGCGUCUUUGAGCGUGUGUACCCCAUCAAUGAGAAACUGGCAUUAAAGAUGUUAGCUGUGGGUUAUAAACAGCCCAGUAGGUUUGGUAGAUGGUGUCCUGUCAAAGUAAAGGAAGGAGACUGUAUACAGACAAUGAGUGGUCCAGGUUACACCACCUAUCCAUGUAUAUACAGAUCUCACAUCUACUUCCUAUCAUCUAUACAAGCUAGAGAGGAAUUUGUGAACGACCCCGUGAAGUUUGUUAGUCAGCCUACACCUAAACCUGUUGUACCUAUCAAAAUUGCUGUGGUAGGACCACCCAAAUCAGGAAAAACUACAUUGGCUAACAGAUUUGCUGAGGAGUAUGGAUUAUUGAGGUUAUCUGUUGGUGAGGCCAUGAGAAUGGUCAUGGCAUCACAACCUAAAUCCAACUUGACCAAGGAGAUGCAGCGCCACCUGGUGAAGGGCCUCACUGUACCUGAUGAACUGGCUGUACAAGCUAUAGAAACAUGCCUCAUUGACAUGAAAUGUCAAACUAGAGGGUAUGUUUUGGAUGGUUACCCACAAACCAAGCAUCAAAUAGACUUAUUAACAGAGAGAUGUUUAAUACCUGUCCGUGUAUUUGAACUUGAUGUGAAAAGCAAGGAAAUAAUGGUGAGGGGCACCAGGGAUAGAAUUGCUGCAUCAAGGACAAUGCCAUUGCACGACAGCGCUCAGAUUCUGGCAAUGAAGUUAGCUGCGUACAAUAAAAAUAUUAACGAGGUACGAAACUGGUACCAGUCAGAACACAUGAACUUUAAGACAGUUGACGGUGAGAGGUCCAAGUGGUGGGUGUGGAAUACGACACUCGAGUUCUCACGUGAGAGUGUUCGACAGAUACAAACAUACCUGCAGAGAAUUUCUGAUGGCAAGGCAUCCCCUAUUGCUGACUUGUGUAUCACACCUACAGAGUUCUUACAGAGGGUAGGAGACUUUGACCAGUACUGUCCAGUUAGUCUGGCACUGAGAGGAGAACUUGUGGACUGCUCUACCAACCACACCCUUGACUUUGCUGUUGAAUUUAGAGGUCACUAUUACAAGUGUGCUGGUAAGACAGAACUUGAUCAGUUCCUGGAGGAACCAGAAAAAUAUGUACCGCCUCUAGCACCACACAAGUUACCUCCUCCUAGUAGGUUACCACGACGACGAAAACCAACUGAGGUUAAGGCAUCAGCUAAGAUAGAACUGAACUCCUACUGUCCAGUCACGUACUUGGAUGGUAAAUGCAGAUAUGAAGCAAUUGUUCCAGGCAAAGCAGAGUUUAUUGGAGAAUAUAUGGAGAAAUACUGGUAUUGCGAAUCAGAAGAAAAACUUAUGAAAUUUUUGAAGUUACCAGAGAAAUACUCGAGCCUGGAACUGCCACACAAACUUCCUCCAACCAAGGACAACCUGUCAAUGACACAACUGCCCAUGCUUGGUUACAUGGAACAGAGCGUUGCUACGGCACUCAUCAAGGCCAUGACAACAGCUGGAAACGCGAAACCCAAGUACCCAUUCCUCAGUGCUAGCAGAUCAGCCCUUUUCUUCAUUGCCUAUCAUCUUAAAGCUUUCAACCCUAAAAGUUCAGAUUAUGUUCGUAAAAAGUACAAGAAGAAAUUAGACCGUUUCCAGGAAACUUGUGAUUUGAUAAAAUACCUUGGAAACAACAUGACUGUCAGAUAUAAAGAACCAGAGGAGAGGCCUAACGACUUUGAUAACAAAUUACAAACUUUCUUUGCUCUCCGGGGCAUUGAGCCAACACCCACAUGGAUUUCAUAGAAAAAUUUUAUAUAUAUUUUUUAAAGACUACUAUUGAAGCAUUUAAAUUGUGAACUGGACUUUUAAAUCACUUGGAAUUGUAUAUUUUUGUCUGAAGUAUUUGGUUUUCAAAGAGGAAGAAAAAAAUUGAGACAUUACAAAAAUAACAUAUGUCUUGUUAAAAUAUUUACUAGAAAGAUGAUAUUUUAAAAUUAAAUAGCUUCCAUAAGAUAUAUUAAACGUUUUAUUGUCAAUGCAUGGACAGAAGAAGUUUUUGCUUAUUAUUAUAAUAAAUGAAUAUUUGUUUUAAUGGUUACCUGUUAUUUACAAACUUUGUCCAGUAUGUAAUAGGUUGAAUGAUAAGAAUUGGAAAUAACAUGUUUAUUUAAGCUAUAUAUUUAAGACGUUAUAUGGGCAUGAGAAUAUGUAUGUAAGUUAAUCUGGAAUAAUAUGUUUAUUUAAGCCAUAUAUGUAAGAUGUUAUAUGGGCGUGAGAAUAUGUUAGGUAAAAGCAUUAUAUAAACGAAUUGUUACACAAACACACAAUAAAACGUCCAUUAAUACACCAGUCCGUCCAUACCAAGUUUAUGUAGUAUUAUAAAAAAUUAUUUUCAAAAUUUAUGAUUUUUGUUUUUAUAUGAAUUUGUCUGUGAUAAUUUUGUUCAAAGCAUGUACGGAUUGUAUGUCCUUUUUAAAGGAACAAUUCGUUAUAUAAAUGUGACACAAUGGUCCAAAAGCAACCUGCUUUUGUACUAUUGUAAGAUUUAGAUGUAGUUUAAAACAUGAAAAUUGUUGGAACAUAAUACUUUGAUUUUUUAAUAUCCUUUAAAAAUAGCAGUACGAAACAUAUGUUACAUUUUCAAUGACAUUGAAAAUGUUAUAUUUGUUUUGUAAUGACAUUAAAAAUUAGUGUAUUAAACUUUGGUCUUUUACUGUGUCACAUGCAUGUUUAUUUGAUCAUUUCUUGUACAUGUAACAAAAUCACACUGAGAAACAUGUAUUGUUUAUAUUUUGUUUAUUUAAACUAUUUUGUUUUGUUGUUCACAUAAAUUAUCAUAUAAUGUAUUAAACUCUGUGAUGAUAUUUGUAAAUUACAUUCUGUAAAUUGUACAAAAUACUUCUUGAGCUAUUGAAUAAAAUAUAAAACUAAA